AUGUUUAGAUUACUUUCUGUUAAUACCCAGCAGUCGCUUAGGCCUGCUAUUUUACUGAAGGUUAGAAGUAAUAAGCCUAAUAUAAGUCUCCCAUCGAGUAGCAUACAAGUGAAUCCACCAUCUCCAGCACAAUAUAACUUAACAUGUCAAUUUACAAGACAAAAUUCAAGUGCAUCGAGUCAGAAGACAAAGAAUUCUAAAGUUGAUUCUUUUGUUGCCAAGGCACAAAGAGAUCCAAUAUUACGUGAAGCACUUGAUAGUGAAGCCAAUUCAAAGUUGAACUAUUUUAAAGAACAACUUUCAUUGGCAUUUCAGUACAGAAGCGCUAGAGAUCGUGACAGUCAAAGAGCUUUUGUUGCUACUGUGGAUAAUCUUUUCAAGGCAUUCGAAGAUGAAAGCUUACGUGCAUCCUACUCUUCUAGAGAUUUGUACAGUUAUACCCAAAUUUUGAAUUUUUCAGUUUAUCAUAAUAGAACCAAUAGAUUGUCCAGCUCGAGAAAUAGAGACAGUGACCAGUAUCAGAACGAGAACUUGCAUGAUGAGGUAUUGAUUAAGUCUGCAGUCUUGAAUUUGAGUGAAACUAUUAUCAAUGGUGAAUUCAACAAGAUUUUGAAUGCAAACAUUUUACUGUAUUUAUUUUUCUCGAUGAAACAAUUCCAGUUAUACCCAGAGAUGCUUAAUUUGUGGGAAAACGGUGUGAACGAUGCUGAAACUGGGAAAUUAUAUUUGAACGAGAAAAUAUUAGCAGUUAUCUUGCCAAUUGCUUAUGAUCAAAAGAGAUUUUCAUACGAAGAAAUUUUACAUAUCUAUGAAUUAAAUACUAAAGAACUCUCCACGGUACAACAUGAGUUGUUAUGUUCGAUCGGAAAAAUUGCUAUUAGUUCUGGUGACUACUCUCGUGGGUUGGAUUCAUUGGAAGCUUUAUUGCAAUUAUACGAAUCAAAACAACAAAGCACACAACAUGUAUUAGCCUCGUUGGGUGAAUUACAUUUGAAUUUUAUUGGAUCAUGCAAAGAUAUAAAGAUUUCUAAACACUUUUUUGAUAAAGUUGUUCAAUAUGACUUGCCAUAUUACGUUUGUUUGAAGGUUCCUUAUAUCCAAUCUUUAUUACAGAAUUGUUUUGAACUUAAUGAAUCACUUGAUAAUAUUAUUUAUUUCUGGAAGUCUACUAUCGUCCAUUACAGUAAUGAAAAGAACUCGACUGGUUUAAAUUCACGUUAUUCUAUUUUGAAUAAUACUUUUUUUACGAUAUUUUUCAAGAUUUACCCAGCCUUAAAUGCCGAAUCUUUCAACAAAUUGAGAGAAGUUAUUGCUUUAUAUGCUGAUAUUAAGCCUGUCGAUGAGGUUUUCUUGAAUACAAUUAUCGGUAACUAUUCUUGGGGUGACAAGAAUGUUUUGGAACAGUUAAUCGAAAAUUAUUCGAUCUAUAAUGUCAAGCGUACACCUGUCUCUUUCCGUAUUUGUUUGAAAAAGACUGGUGAAUUACCCCAAUAUACUAAUGAAGAUAUUUUACAGAAAUGGAAUGACUCUUUGAAGCAUUUGGAUGAUAAUGGAUUUAACUAUAUUCCAAUUGCUGAUUGGGCUGCGUUACGUGAUGCCACAAUAUUAUCAGAUAACGGAUCAGAGAGAAAGGACUUUUAUUUGGCUGUUGCUAAUCAAUACAAGGAUUAUAUUCAAGAUCAAAGAUCUUGUAUAAGAUUUGUCAAAUAUUGGUUAAAAAAGAGAGAACAUUUGAAGUCUUUCUCCACGCUUACGUUUGGUUCUGACUCGGAUUUCUCGAAUGAAGUGGAUAUUGUUGUGCCCCAAUUUCGCCAUUUAAAACCUAACAUUAACUAUCAGAAGAUUUCAUCGAAAAUAAUUGGAAAAUAA